CCAGUUGAAAGAUAUUUUCCGUACAGUGCAGUUCCAACAAAUAGUUUCUACUUUCCGAUCUCAGAAUGAGUAAUCCCAUUAGUGAAUAUUACCAUGGGCGUGACAUUUUUGUUACCGGCGGUUCGGGAUUAAUGGGAAAGGCGCUACUUGAAAAACUCUUACGAUCCUGCACACAACUGAAUCGCAUUUUUGUGCUGUUGAGAGAUCGCAAGGGAAUGUCAGCAUAUGAUCGGCUGAAGAAACUUAAGGAAAAUAGAAUUUUUGAUCGUCUCAAAAGUGAAAAGCCAAAUGCCCUGGAUAAACUUGUCGCCAUCCCAGGAGAUUUAAUAGAGCAUGAUUUGGGAAUGUCAGAAGAGAGUAAAAAAAGCAUGGCCAACGUUUCGUUGAUCUUUCAUGUUGCAGCUACAAUUCGUUUCGACGAAACAUUGAGAAGAGCAAUUUUGAUUAACGUACGAGGAACUCGUGAAGCGCUCAAUUUUGCAAUGCAACUGAGAAAUCUUCAGCGAUUCGUUCAUGUAUCUACGGCAUUUUCGUAUCCAUAUAAAACAAGACUCGAUGAACAGAUUUAUCCCCCGAUGGACGAUUGGAAAACAAUUAUAAAACUGGCCGAAAAGUUCGACGAUGGUAUAUUGAACAUAUUUACAAAGAAAUUACUGACUGUCUUCCCAAAUACUUACACCUAUACCAAGCACUUGGCUGAGCAUGUUGUCGAUGAGUUCAGUUAUAGGCUGCCAGUGACAAUAACCAGGCCGUCGAUCGUCCACAAUAGCACACACGAACCUUAUGAGGGCUGGUAUGACAAAACCAUUUGUCUCGUGGGACUUGCCACUUCUGUAAGCACAGGAAUCAUAAGAACAAUACUUUGCAAUCCUCAUAUUGUUUUGGAUUUAGUACCACUUGACUAUUGUGUCAAGUUUUUGGUAGCUCUUCCAUGGUGGUUUGAUAAGUCAGAGGAAAGGUUACCCAUAUUUAAUGCAACUUUAGGGCAAACAAGAGGUUUUUCUAUCGAAACAAUAGUACAGAAUCAAGACGCCUUAACGGAUUACCAAGCACUUAACAAAACGUUAUGGGUUCCAUGUUGUGUUUUAACAAAGUGUAACGUAUAUUUUUAUCUAAGGUUCUAUCUGCUGCAAGUUAUGCCAGCAAUCCUGUUCGACGCGCUAAUAAAAUUCUCUGGUCGAAAGCCUUUCCUGCUUUAUAUUCAGCGGAGGGCGUUGGCAACCCAAAUGAGCUACGGAUUCUUCCUGUGGAACGAAUACAUAUUUAAUUCGCGGUUGCUUCAUUCUACGGGAGGAUUUAAACAGAACGAAGACUUCCGGGUGGACAUAACGUACGCCCAGUCACUGGAUCGGUUUGCUCGCACGACGGUCUUAGGAUGCCGAAGAUAUAUAUUGCGAGAAGGUGAUAACACGAUUCCCCAGUCUAUAAGAAGAGUCAAAAUCAUGAAGGCUAUCGACUUCGCAAUUUACUACUGUUGCCGAUUCUGGCUAUUACACAUCAUCCUUAAAAAACUAUUAUUAAAUUAAACCGUAUGCAUUGAGUACGUGAGGUAAAUUAAACUUAGUAGUACUUAAUGUGAACAGGUUAUUUAUAUUUAGAGAAUAAACCCAAAUUUUGUGUG